CAUUGCAGUGUUUCUGCCACCUCUGUACAAAAGACAAUUUUACUUGUGUGACAGAUGGACUCUGUUUUGUCUCUGUUACUGAGACCACAGACAAAGUUAUACACAAUAGCAUGUGUAUAGCUGAAAUCGACCUAAUUCCUCGAGACAGGCCAUUUCUGUGUGCACCCUCUUCAAGAACUGGGUCUGUUACCACAACGUAUUGCUGUGAUAAGGACCAUUGCAAUAAAAUAGACCUCCCAACUACUGGCCCUUUUUCAGUAAAGCCGACACCUGGCCUUGGUCCCGUGGAACUGGCAGCUGUCAUUGCUGGACCAGUCUGCUUCGUCUGCAUCUCACUCAUGUUGAUGGUCUAUAUCUGCCAUAACCGCACUGUCAUUCACCAUCGAGUGCCAAAUGAAGAGGAUCCUUCAUUAGAUCGCCCUUUUAUCUCAGAGGGUACUACGUUAAAAGAUUUGAUUUAUGAUAUGACAACAUCGGGUUCUGGAUCAGGUUUACCACUGCUUGUUCAGAGAACAAUUGCAAGAACUAUUGUGUUACAAGAAAGCAUUGGCAAAGGAAGAUUUGGAGAAGUCUGGAGGGGAAAGUGGCGGGGAGAAGAAGUUGCUGUUAAGAUAUUCUCCUCUAGAGAAGAACGUUCAUGGUUCCGUGAGGCAGAGAUUUAUCAAACUGUAAUGUUACGUCAUGAAAACAUCCUGGGAUUUAUAGCAGCAGACAAUAAAGACAAUGGUACGUGGACUCAGCUCUGGUUGGUGUCAGAUUAUCAUGAGCAUGGAUCCCUCUUUGAUUACUUGAACAGAUACACGGUUACUGUGGAAGGAAUGAUAAAACUCGCUCUGUCCACAGCAAGUGGUCUUGCCCAUCUUCACAUGGAGAUUGUUGGUACCCAAGGAAAACCAGCCAUUGCACAUAGAGAUUUGAGAUCAAAGAAUAUCUUGGUAAAGAAGAAUGGAACUUGCUGUAUUGCAGACUUAGGACUGGCAGUGAGACAUGAUUCAGCCACAGAUACAAUUGAUAUUGCUCCAAACCAUAGAGUGGGAACAAAAAGGUACAUGGCCCCUGAAGUUCUCGAUGAUUCUAUAAAUAUGAAACAUUUUGAAUCCUUCAAACGUGCCGACAUCUAUGCAAUGGGCUUAGUGUUCUGGGAAAUUGCUCGACGAUGUUCCAUUGGUGGAAUUCAUGAGGACUACCAGCUGCCUUAUUAUGAUCUUGUACCUUCUGAUCCAUCAGUUGAAGAAAUGAGAAAAGUUGUUUGUGAACAGAAAUUAAGGCCAAAUAUUCCAAACAGAUGGCAGAGUUGUGAAGCCUUGAGAGUCAUGGCUAAGAUUAUGAGAGAAUGUUGGUAUGCCAAUGGAGCGGCUAGGCUUACAGCUUUGCGGAUCAAGAAAACUUUGUCACAGCUCAGUCAACAGGAGGGCAUCAAAAUGUAACUCUGCCAUGCUGAAGAUCAGCUGUAAGGGCAAAGGAGCUGGAUUGCUGAGUUACAUGAAACAUUUCUUACUUUUAAAGAAAGGAAUUUACUCCUGGUUAGUACAUUCUCAGAGGAUUCUGAACCACUAAAGAGUUCUUUUGAUUCAGACUUUGAAUGUACUGUUAAACAAUUUUUCAGGAUCUUAAAGCUAACACUUUUAAAACUCUUAAGUCUAAAAAAUGACCUCAUAUAGUAGUGAGGAACAUAAUUUAUGCAAUUGUAUUUUGUAUACUAUUAUUGUUCUUUCACACAUUCAGAACAUUACAUGCCUUCAAAAUGGGAUUGUACUAUACCAGUAAGUGCCACUUAUGUUGUUCUAAUGGAGAUGAGUAGAAUUUCUUAGGGUCUCUGUGUUAAAAGCUAUAGUGUUUGAAUUCAAAAAGUUUUUCUGGGUAGCCCGCACUUUCCUGUUUUGUAUUUUGGAAGGGUUUUUGUGGUAUGUCAUUCGCAAUUCCAUUUUGAAAAUGCCUUUCUCUUACCAAAAUGUAUUUAAACCACUAAAGAAAUGAAGUGGCAUUGAUUAGUAAAUUGUUAUCAUGGUCAAGUUUGAAUAUCUCACAUCAAUUUUCUACAUUUUAAUUGUAUUGUCUAAGUAUACUUAAAAAAUCAAGUGGCACUCCAGAUGCUAAUAGUACUUUAAUAAUUUAAAGUUCGUAGCAUACAGACUAAUUUUUCUAAAAGGGAAAGUUUGUCUAGCUGCUUGUGAAAAGCUGUGUGAUAUUCCAUAAGCCAUUUUUUUUUCUUUUUCUGAUCAAAGACAGUGUUAUUUUUUUAAGAAAUGAAUUACAUUUAAAAUUAGAAUAUGGUUAAUGAUAAAUAAUAGGCCUUUAUUUAGGAAGGCAAAAAUAGUUAAUAAUUUGAAUAGAUAACAGGUGUGUGAGAAAGUCACCUUUGUUUUGUAGGAUAAAUGUUCAGUGGAUUCUCUGUACCUAAGGUUAGAGUUAGUGUGGUUUUGAGGUCUCACUACACUUUGAGGAAGGCAGCUUUUAAUUCAGUCUUUCCUUAUUUAUGCAGAUAUUACAACUGCUUAACUUACCUAGUUACAUAAUGAAUUCAGUGCCCCCUUGAUAUUUGGGAGAGAUGGUAACUAAAGGACAUUCUGAGUAUAGGUUUUCCAUUUACAGAUGUUUUCAGUCAAAUUAAAUGUUUAAAGCAAAUUUGUCAUGGUCUUCUCACAUUAAGUUGCAACUAGCUUAUAAUAAGUGGUUUUUAUUUCUAGUACGAUAAAGUCUUCACAGGGCUUUUACGGUUCUCAAAGUCCUUUUUAUCACUGUGAUCUUAUUUUGAGAGGGAAAAAGGAUCAUAACUGUGAAGCAAGACUUUGCCCUUAUAGUGUUAUCAAUUCCCCAAUAAAAGGGUCCUAAUAACAUUUCCAAGUAUAAUUUUGGUCAGAAAGAGACAGAGGCCAUUUUCACUGAAUUUGUUGCAUUCUGAUAAUGUCUUAUCUUGUAUACAUAGAAUAAAUUUGAAGACUAUUUGAUCUUAAAACCAAAGUAAUUUUAGAAUGAAUGACAUAUAUUAAAUAGGAAUUUAGUGUCAAUUUUAUGUGUUUAAAAACAUGGGGAAAAUGUGCUUAGAGGUUAUAUUUUGACUACCAAUUUGAGUUUUUCUGUCAUUUCCAUGAUUUUAUCAAAGCAAAUGAAUGAGUUUGAAAGGUUUGUUUAUAUAGUUGUGUUGUAUUACCUGUUUAAUAAUCUAGUUUCAUGAUCAGGUACUUAUUUCUCUCUUUCUCUCUUUCUCUUUCUUUCUUUCUUUCUUUCUUUCUUUCUUUCUUUCUUUCUUUCUUUCUUUCUUUCCUUUUUUUCUUCUAUUUCUAAGCCUACCAGAUCUGCUUUAUAAAAUCCAGGGGACCAAUGCAUUUUAUCACUAAAACUAUUUUUAUAUAAUUUUAAGAAAAUACCAAAAGUUGUCUGAUUUAAAGUUGUAAUACAUGAUUUCUCACUUUUAUAUAAGGUAAUCAACUUUCACUGAAGAUAUUCUUUAUUAAAUCAAAGAUUGAGUUACAAGUCUUGCCUAAACAGAUAAAAUGUACUUUUGAUGAAUCAGGGAUUUUUUUUUUUUCUUAAGUGUUGGAAUUUAGUUCUAAAUUGAGUUUACAUAUUACUGGGACUAUUCCUUUUUUGGCCAGGGACAGUUUGAUAAACUUCAAUUGGCUAAUAAUAUUGACAAUGAGAGUAACUUAAAAGAUGGGAUGGAUUGUGAAUACUGUGGCCAUAACUGCAGAUAAAUUUCAGUAAUGAUUUUGUCUUUUAGAAACACAAUUCUUUGUUUAUACCGCCUAUCCUAAGAUGCUCAUCUUCCAAGAUGCAACUUGGCUAGAAUAUACCUUCUGGCGCAUUACCUGUGCACGUUACCCUGGAAGAAUGGGGUUGUGGGAAGUAUGAUUUAGUGGGACAUAGACAUCCUUGGUUCUUCCUAUUUUCAGCUCUUUUUCUCCCAACCUGCUACCUUACUGGUCCUUGACUCAGAAACCCUUGCCUCCUCCCCACAGCAUUCUGACAGAAGAGCUGCUUUUGAGACUUACAGUAAAAUGGUUGGUGGAAAUGUGGGAUGUACUUGCAUUUACUUGAGUCAUUGGAUGUGGUAGGGAGGGAUCUCCAGUUUGGAGAUUGAGCAGCUAAGGCUGGGGAUGCUCCUGCUGGCUGCCCUCUGCCUUUGCCUUAGCUGUGGAUGAAGAGUGGGAUGGCAGCAAGGUGGCAGCUGUCGGUGGGUGGUCCAGAAGCAAAUGGCCAGGUGGAGCCCUGUAGGACAGUGCAAGGCCAGGGGAGCUAAGCCUAUAAUUCUGCUGUAAUGCUAGUACUCAAGAAGUGCCUUGAGUUGGUGUACAGUGCCAUGGCCAUCAAAAAUUCCACAUUUCAGUUAUCACAAAAUGAAAGUGGUUGCUUGGCCUUUUUGCAGUCCAUGUGUGAGUUACCUGUUUUCUUC